AUGAUCGAUGCCUUACGUGACAUCCUCCGCGAAGAAGGUGGUGUUCUGCGUGCCAUUAUUCGAAAGCAAGAUGAUGGUGAAAACUCGAUCUCACUGGUAGCAUCAGCAUCGGUAACCACUGAAAGUCAUCGCCGCCUGGAGCGAAUACUGUGGGACUUCCUGAAUCAAAGCACCGAAAGGGCCGGCUUUUUUUCCAACCCAUUACAAGAUGAUGCAAAACUUAUCCUGGAGUUGGCUGCGCAAUUUGAGACCCCAGGGAGGAAAGUUAUCUCACAGGCUUUCUCAACUCAAUACCGCGCCCUCUUUUGCCUGAAACAAGACGAUCCGAUCCGCAACAUAAUCAAGGAAAUUCUUGAGAACCCCCCUCCUCUCCGGAAGGACCAUGCUUCGAGAUAUGACGAACACAUACCAGCAUUUGAAUUUUUCCCCAGCAAUCACGGCUUGCUAGACGGGACAGUGCUGGACUUCUAUCAUGAGGAGCACCAAGCCUCCAUACAGCUCAAGCGCCGUUCAAUAGCCACUAUCAUCUAUCACGAAGGACCCCGGAAUAUCAUGAAGCCUGGUCAGUAUCUCGAUCUCAGUUCGCUCAAGGCAGUGCUUUCUAGCCCGGGGGAGUCCUCAAAAGAGACACAAAAGAGGGGAGGGAUCACUGCUGCGUUGGGCCGGAGGGACAAAUCCAGUUUCGAAAAGCAGAGAGUGCUAGACUUGAAAUGGAUUCAUCUCCCUGGAAACGAUGAACUCAUGGUCCGAAUUUCUCAAGAUCAAAAUAUCACGAACAAGGAACACCGCCCCUGGGCAGACUUUGUACGCAAAAGUUGGGCUGAGCUACCUGCCGGUGGAAACAAAUUCUACAUGAAACCACAGUGUGUUAUACCCUAUCUGUUUUGGAAGAAGUGCCCAGCCGAGUUCCCUCACACUACAGAUGAACGCUCAGUCCAACUGACUGAGACCGCGACUGCUACCCAGACAAAGAUGACCGACCUUUCUCAGACUACCCAGCGACGAGAAAUUUUCCAUGACUCCCUCACCCUUGAUCAGUAUUACUACUCAUCCCUUGAGGACACCACGACAAGGGACAAGGAUCAAGUGCUGUGGCGUAGCACAGAUUCAAAGCUCAACCCGAGAGAAAGCAAGAGCGGGAGAAAUGUAGAUCUGCUGGAGAACCGACAAACAAGCGAUGAUAGACGCAAGAUUCUUAUCGUGAAUCAGCUCUGGCUUUGGAUACUUGACGAAAAGACCAUUAUUACAAGCACGACAAGCGAGAUAGACGAGACAGAAAGCAGUUUUCUUCAACGGGUUCUAAACAAUGUUCGAGCCCAAGAAAAGAACUCACCGAUGACGGUCGAAAACAUUCAAGAGCUCAUCCUCAGUACGGCUACGAGCUUUUUCAACAAGAAAGAUGUGGAAGUAUUGGGGAACAAGAAAUCACCUCUGGGGGUCUAUCGUACAGCUAUCUUGAACGUGCGUGACAAGGAGUCGCACUUAUUCGAUGUAUUCCAAAAGUCACUUGAUGAUGUAGCCACAGACAAUGAGGGUCAGGAGAGUUCCAACGAAUUCUCCAACCAGUCGCCAACAGAAGCCAAGGGACCGGGCGAAAGUCAGAAUGACAAAAAGGAACCUGGACCCGUUGGUCGCUUGUUUAAAAGCAAGCCUAAAGCUUGGAAAGGAAGGGACACAUAUAGCCCCUACGGUAACAUUGCUGGCGAGACAGAGCUACUCCGAGAGGUCAAGGACAUAUGUGAUGAACUUAACACGCUGAAAUCUCUUGCUGUAGACCAGGAAGGUGUUUGGAACCAAGUCUGGAAGAACGGAUCCAACCAAGAGGCUACGUUCACAUACAACACACCUUUUGAGGUCAGGAAAGAGAUUACAGAAAUGGUCAAGGAGGCCGAGUUCGUGCAGAAGGCCAUUGACAUGCUGCUCGACCUAAAGCAGAAGCAAGCCAAUAUUGUCGAAGCCGAGUUUGCACGAAAGCAAAGCGAAGAUACUGCGAAGCAGAGUGACACAAUCAUGGCUUUUACAGUGGUGACAAUUCUCUUCCUUCCCGCCUCUUUCCUGACCAGUCUACUCGCGCUGGACAUAUCCGAUUUUCCUCAUGUAGGUGACGAUGUCCGCUUCCAAGGACGCGUGAUAUUCCCCAUUAUCUUCGGAGUUUCCAUAUCUGUGUCUGUAUCAUUUGCAAUCAUCGCUUACAAUGCGAGCACCUUGAAGGAAUAUGUGUUUGGGAGAAGGAAAAGCCAGAAGACGAACAAACCGACAAAUUCGCCAGUCGAGCCUAAGCCGCCAACCGUCCAACAGGCUAGGCAACAGGCCAAAUUACAGAUGGAACAAAUACGGGAAAGAUUCAAGUUGAACAAUGGCAUGAGAACGGAUGACGAAUACAGCUGGUCUGGUUCGGGAAGUGAUCAGAUGGUCUGA